UUUAUGAGAAAUUAAAGUCAUUUCUAAAAAAUUGUAAAAUGGUUCAAAUCGCUGGAAAAUACACUCACGAUCGAAAUGAAAAUUUCGAGGCUUACAUGCAAUCUUUUGGUCCUUUAGUUACUCCCGAAGUAAUAACCCAAUACGUAAACUCAAAACCAACGAUCGAAGUUAAAUUGGACGGUAAUAAUUGCACAAUUUCUAGUUCUGGAGGUCAAACGCAAAGUUUUACAUUUGGGCAAGCUUACAAAGAUGAUCUUUUCGCCGGUCACGAUAUUGAGAGCACAGCAACUUUGAAUGGAAAUAAAAUUGAAAUUAAAACUGUUAGUAAGAAAUCUGGAAAUAGCGGUGCCAGAAUUUACGAAUUUUCAGAUGAAGGUUUAGUCAUUCAUUACACAGGUGGUGUUGAAGCGAAAAGAUUCUAUAAACGCGCUUAAAAAUGAUUUAAAACUUCAAUAAAAUGUUAUAAAUAAAUUUUAACAUAAUAA